AUGGAUUUGGAGUCCAACGCACCACCCCUUAAACCGCCAUUGACGGACCAAAAUGUGCAAGAUGCGCAGGAUCUCGCGGCCCUGGGCCAUUCCCAGGCCCUGACGAGAAAAUUCGAUAUGUGGAGUAUGCUGGCGCUGGCCUUUUGUGUGCUUGGGACAUAUUCGACAUUUGCCCAAGAUCUCAGCAGCGGCUUGACCAACGGAGGAGCAAUUACAAUCCUUUGGGGUCUGGUGCUGGUCACUGGGUGUAACCUCUGUGUCGCCCUCUCGCUGGGCGAGCUGACUAGCAGCAUGCCCACGGCCCUCGGUCAGGCCUACUGGGUCUACCGACUCUGGAACACACCACUGGGACGAUUUGUAUCCUACAUGUGUGCAUGGAUCAACACCUUUGGAUGGUGGACCUUGACUGCUUCACAGGUCGCCUUCAUGACCGAAUUCUUACUGGGCAUGAAGACGAUGUUCAAUCCCGAAUGGGAGGGAGCCGGCAAGGGCUGGCUAAACUUUGUCGUGUAUGUUGGUGUCGUCUUUGUACUCACUCUGAUCAAUGUGGUGAGCUGUCGCAAGGAGAAGAUUCUCCCCUGGCUUAACAAUUUUGUUGGGGUGUGGUUCUUCGGUCUAUUUAUCGUCCUGUCACUUGUGCUGCUGAUCAGCGUCGGUGUGAAGAGCGACUUGUCCUUCCAGCCUGCAUCCUUUGCCUUUGGAGCCUGGAAGAACGAAACCGGCUGGGGCGAUGGCGUCGUGUGGUUUACCGGGCUGGUACAGGCCGCGUAUGGUCUGACUGCGUUCGAUUCGGUCAUUCACAUGGUGGAGGAGAUUCCAGCGCCCCGCAAAAACGCACCUCGAGUCAUUUGGAUGGCAGUGCUCUUUGGUGCCGUGACUGGUUUCAUCUUCAUGGUGGUGUGCUUGUUCUGCAUUCAGGAUGUCGACAAGGUUCUCAACGCCGACUUACCAUUCAUGGAGCUGAUGCUGGAGACGGUCGGGCUGAAAGGAGCCGCAGUCCUCAUCUCACUCUUCAUCUUCAAUGGCUUGGGCCAGGGCGUCAGUGUCCUCACCACGGCUUCCCGACUCAGCUGGGGAUUCGCUCGAGAUGGCGGCGUUCCCUUCGGUCAAUACUUCAGCCAUGUCGACCCCGUCUGGCAAGUCCCCGCCCGGGCGCUCUGGGGCCAGGCCGUUGUCAUUGGAAUAGUGGGUAUCCUUUACCUGUUUGCCAACACCGUUCUCGAGGCGAUUCUUAGUGUCAGCACCAUCGCCCUGACUGUCUCAUAUGCAAUGCCUAUCCUUGCCCUGCUCCUCGGUCGCAUCGGACCUUAUUUGAACUGGGUUAGCAUUGUUUACUGUAUCAUUACCACCAUUUUCUUCCUCUUCCCAGGCAGCCCCAACCCCGCGCCGGCUGAUAUGAAUUUUGCCAUCGCGGUGUUUGGUGUCAUGUUGGUCAUCGCAUUUGCAUUCUGGUUCAUACAGGGAAACCGCACAUAUCUUCAAACCGAAGAUUCCAUCGCUUCCAUGGUUUAUGCUCACCAUUUGGAGAUGAAUGAGACUGGGCUCGAAGAGCCGACGGCAACUCAGGCUCCUGUGAUUGUUGACCAAAAGUGA